AUGAGCGGCGUGGGCGGGAUGGAUAGGACUGUGGUCCGCUCUGGAGCAUACAGCCGUCGCCCUCCAAGCCCGCCCAGAAUCCACAUCCCCGUCCGAAAAGCAGAGGAUAUCUUCAUGUGGCCCUCAUACAACCUUGUCGACUCUUCCAAACUCACCCUCGAGGAAUUCAACAUCAUCACCGGCAACAGGAUGCAAAAAUCGACAGAUCGCUCCGUACGCUGGAGAUAUGAGCAGCGCAGAGAAUCCCAGCUCAUUCUCGACUACCUCUUUCUGGGCCCUACAAGCACCAUCCGGGAUCAUGACUUCCUGAAGCGAGAGGCCAUCACCAUGCUUGUCGUGGUCCGUGACUCGAGAGCUCCCAUGAAUCUCGCCAGCGUCAACACCGCAUCCGAGACGUUUAACAUUUCCUACUGCUAUGUAGACGUCGAUACCAACCACUUGGUCCCGGCCUUCAACCAAAUUGUUAACGUCAUCAACAGCCAUCUUCUGAGUCGGCAUAACAACACAGGGGGAGCCACCCAGGGCAAGGUCCUGGUGACAUGCACAACGGGCAACAUGCUCUCCCCUCCUCUCGUCGCUGCUUAUGUCAUGUUCAUGUUUGGGCAGGAGAUGCUGGACGCAAUCAACUUCGUCAGUGUUCAGCGCUUUUGCGCCAACUUUGAUGACGAAGCCAAGGGAGCGUUGUUGACUUGGCAGGAGCUCAACAAGGCCAGCGUCGCCGUGGCCCGGCGACGUCGCCUUGAACGAGACAAUGAAGAAAAUGGCCAUGCACCCGCACUUGCCUCGACUGAGGGCACGCCAAACACCAAGCGUGGCCUCGAUGACAUGAUGGAUGGGGUUGAAGAAGACCUAGGGAGCAAUGGGGAACACGGCCGAGGGGGUUACGCACCUUUUCUUGAUGUCGAUCAAUAA